AUGGAGGUUAGGCGAUUGAUAUGGUGUGGGACGAUAUCAUUCGGUCCAUCGUUCCAGCGACAGGCACUCGCCACCCCGUCAGAAUCGUACCAACGUGACAUGAUUCCUGGAGCUCAAGUGGCAAAGCGGAUCGGCUACGAGGUCAUCGAGAGGAUCCCUCUCAAGUAUUUAAAUGUGACCCGCCAUCCGUUUCUCAUCCUCCCCACUAUAACAUUGUUGGUUCCCAUUACUCUUAUUUCCUCUAUUGCUGCAUUACCAGCCAUCAUACCCGAGACUUCUCGGGAUAAUACUGCUCCCCGCGGGUUUGGAAGGUCACCUGGUUGGCGCCGUGUAGAGUCGAAAAUACAAGGUCCUCCUGGACCCAGCUGGAGGACGGUGCAACCAGCUCAACCAGAGGAACCUGUGGAUCCCGAGGUCGACUUGAUCGAUGCACGUCGAGGAGGGCCCGACUGGCGACGCGCACAAGCCGGUCGAGGUGGCCCUGACUGGAGAAAACCGACCCCGCCGCCAGUUGGCUCUCUAUCGGGGGAGAGCCUUGAUUAA